UGCGAGGGACCGACCACGUACGAGAGUAGUCCGGUGGUGCUCUCGCUCGGUGCUCGUGGGCCCACGCGGAUACCCCUCACGUUCCUCACGCACGCACGCAAGCACGCAGGCAGGCACGCACGCAUAUCCGUCCGCUCGCCGUCGUUCACACAUCGUCAUCCACGGCGGGUUAUUUAGGGGUGCAUUUAGGGGUGCAUCCGAUUCGCCGAAGGGCCGAAGUCAGAGACGAUUUGCGCGUGAUUCAAGGAAGCAACGACACGACAGCACCAUGGCGUUCGCCGGGCUCAAAAAGCAGAUCAACAAAGCGAAUCAGUACAUGACGGAAAAGAUGGGCGGAGCAGAAGGAACAAAGCUCGACGUUGAUUUUGUGGAUAUGGAGAGGAAAACAGACGUCACGUACGAGCUCGUGGAUGAGCUGCAGAUGAAAACGAAGGAGUUCCUCCAACCGAAUCCAACGGCGAGGGCGAAGAUGGCAGCGGUCAAGGGCAUCAGCAAGCUCAGCGGUCAGGCGAAGGCCUCCACCUAUCCUCAACCGGAAGGUGUACUCGGCGAUUGCAUGCUAAUGUACGGCAAGAAAAUGGGCGAGGACAGCGUUUUCGCCCAGGCUCUCAUUGAAAUGGGCGAGGCCAUGAAGCAGAUGGCGGACGUGAAGUAUUCGUUGGAUGACAACAUCAAGCAAAACUUCCUCGAGCCGCUGCACCAUCUGCAAACCAAGGAUCUCAAAGAAGUGAUGCACCACCGGAAGAAACUGCAAGGCCGUAGGCUGGAUUUCGAUUGCAAGCGAAGACGUCAGGCGAAAGGUUCUCACGUUUCAGACGAUGAGAUUCGUCAGGCUGAGGAGAAAUUCGCGGAGAGUCUCCAUCUGGCGCAGAUGGGCAUGUUCAAUUUGCUGGAGAACGACAUCGAACAAGUCGCUCAACUGGCAACCUUUAGCGAGGCUCUUCUCGAGUACCAUCAACAGUGUACCGAGGUACUUAAAGGGUUGACGGAGACGCUUUUUGAAAAGAAAGAAGAGGCAAUGAACCGACCAAAGUUGGAAUUCGUGCCGAAGACAUUGGCGGAUUUGCACGUGGAAGGUGGAUUGUCGGACCACAUGAACGGUGGGAACUUCUCCCUUCACGGGGCAAGCCGAGCCGGCUCUCCGACUCAUGCGGACGGGAAACGCUCGCAGCUCGAGCUAUUUCCGGCCGGAAACCCGCCACAAUCUGCCAAUGCUUCACCCUUGCCCUCACCGAGCAAAUCGCCAGCGAGGACGCCGAUAACACAGCCGAGAACGCCGUGCUGCACAGCCCUAUACGACUUCGAACCCGAAAAUCCCGGUGAACUUGGAUUCAAGGAAAACGACACGAUCACCUUGACUCAGAAAAUCGACGAGAAUUGGUACGAGGGCAGCUUGGACGGUCGCACCGGUUACUUCCCCGUGACUUACGUGCAGGUCGUAGUGCCAUUACCCUAAGAGGACGCCGCGCAUCUCGAAACCAAAGACCCUGCAUAUUCGUUCACUAGCGUCUACCACACUACAGGUUUACUCUGCUCUCCAGCUAGCCUAAAACCUAGACAACCCCUCGACAAAAACUUAUCUAUUAUAUCUAUCUCGAUCUUGUCUAACUUACGUUGCGGUUUCAAACUUGUGUCCAAGACGCGAUACACGAGUUUCUCUAGCUCUUUUUUCCUCACGCUCCUUACACAGAGAGACCCUUUUCCGCAGAUCCCGAGAAUAGCCCCUCUAUUACGCAUGUUAAUGUACAUAUAUAAUGUUAUAGUGUAUUUUAUCGACGUAAGGACCUUCGCGCGUGCAGAUAUACACACAUAAACAUGAAUGCGUAACCAGGAAAUAUGUGCAUAGAUACAUUAUAGACGUAUUAUACCUAUAUACAAAUUAUACAAAACACACACGGGCAGAUAAUCUAUAUUAAAAUACACACACACACACACAUAUAGAUAUAAACACUUAAUAGACACACAAAACAUUUAUCUACAAUAGCAGUUCACUGUCAAGGGCGGCUCUCUUCUCUCAUCUUCUUUUCUACAUUAUCUAUCUUCCGCCUCAUUGAUAUGCUUUCGGAAUAUUUUCACCACAGUUCGAGUGCACAAAGGAAAAAGAUUGAGCAUAGCUGAAUCGAUUAUGGCGGGGCGCAAUUUUUUCCGAUAAUUUCUUUUGGGGACUCGGCAUAUAUUUCUGUUGCAAGUUUACUUUAUCUGGACAUUAUGUAUGAACUUUGGAUGGGGUGAGAUUAUUCCAGUGAAUUGAAUUUUCCAUUAAGACGGAUAAAGAUUUCAAGCUUAGCAUUGCUCCAUUGACGUUAAUUCUAAAGUUUUUCCUCUCUAUUUAUAUCAUAAAUAGAAUUCGAAAGGAAAUAAAGUGCUAAUUAGAGCUAGAAAACUUAAGCAACGUCGUUUCACUUUAAGAAGAUGGCUAUGCUUUUCAUGUAAAAAGGGAAGGUCAAAAGAUCUUUGGACUACUCAAAAUCUCCGUGAUUUUUCUUUAACUGUUGCAUUUUUAAUUAUUACAUUUCUAAUCAUUACAUAAUUAAACGGCUGGAGCAAUCUUACUUCGUUCCAUUUACUUGCUUUUCUUUCACGUAACGCAAUCCUAAAAUCUAUUAAAAUCGUGUAAAUUUCGUCAUAUAAUUCUCAUUUAUCAUACAAUCAAAGGCACGACAUUCCUCUCACAAAAAUUCGAUUAUUCAAUCGCGGCACAUAUCUUGCGUUUGGUCCGCGCAGCAAAUUCGUUACUCGUAUAAUGUAUUCGUAUAGUGAUAAUGUUAUAGCGAUUCGUUUUCAUUCCUUCAGUCGAUCCAUCGUUCCUUCGACUGUUCACCGUUCCUUCUUUGUCUUCUCUUGUCUCCAUUUUCUUUCGUUCUUUUUUAAUUGCUAGACGAUAUACUAGCUAGAAGUUAGGAUUUACUUUAAGCGAACCUCGAAAUGGCGGCGAAUCUCUUCCACGGAGUCAUUAUCGAUUUACCUGUGAUUAUUGUAAAUAAUUUCUGGCAUUGUGUGCGUGAUUGUUUUCGACAAUGUUUCUAAUGAUUUAGUCAUAGUCGGGAAACUUUCGGAUCGAUGCCGAUGAUGAUAAAGCAAAACUUAAUGGAAAAAUCUAUUUAUUGGAAACACUGUCAAAAGUCAAUUAUCCUUCAUAUUCACACACGUGAUUAUAUUACUACUGAUUUUUUUACUUGCUUUACACAAUUAUUGCAAAAUAAUUGUAGGAAAAUAUUGAUGAUUGAAAUAUUUAAUUAUAUUUGUUUGAUAAACAAUUAUUUCCAGUGCUAUAACAAAAACAUCAACAUGGUUUUGGAACCAUGCAAAAUUAAUUUCUCUUCAUGGAAAACAGGUAAUAUAAUUUUUAAUUAAUAUUUAUAAGUCUCGAAUCUUUUUUUUUGAAUUUUUAGCACAUCCGAAACUUUUCCGACAUUCUUAUCAUAUCUUUUGCGUCGUCAAGUUCCGUUUGCUAACGUGAUAUCUAUUUUAAAGGAAUUUUCAAUUUCUUUUAGAAUGUAAACAUAUUAUUUGUAAUUUUUCUUUUUUUUUAUUUUACGUUUGAAAAAUAGCGAUAUAAUAAUUACAAUUAGUAUUAUUACUCUCUGGCAUAUAAUAGUGCAAGAGAAAGUCGAGAAUGAGAAACAAUAGACUUCGCGCGUUUCACUCAGAAUGAGUUUUUAUACGUUAAGUAUACUUUAUGUAUGUGUGCUCGACACGAUUAUUCGUAGCAUCCUGAUAUCAGUUAUCUCCUUUCCGCUUUUUGACUUUGUAUGAGAGUUCAACCGCCAGAAUAAUGAAAGUAAUUAAGGAACUUGGUUAUUUGUUGCCACGUGGAUUUUAGGUAAAAUCUUCGAGCGAUAUCUGCUAAGCAUAAUGUAUAAUGACACUAGAAUAUAUUACUUACACAUAUGCAUACUGUCGAUAAGGGAGGGCGACGGCGAACACGAUGACUUUAUCGUUUUAUUAUCUUAUUGCUCGUGUACCUUAUUCUCAUUAUUAUCGAUUGUAAUCGUCGCAAAUUUGCGCGAAAAAUGUUUUCGAUUAUGUGCAUUAAAUUCAGAGGAUAAAAUUUUACUAAAAUCGAAGGAGAUUCCCGAAGGGUGACUCUGUGAUGUUCUCCGAAUUGAGUGUUUCAUUUAAUAGGAAUCAUAUAUACAUGUUAAUAAGAUAAAUAUACAGAGAAGACAUAGGAUAGUCUGUUUUUCCAGUAAAAUUUUUAGCUUUCACGCUUAUUCAGAUAAUUUUUGUCGUUCGUUAAAUUAUUUUUAAAGCGACGAUAUAUAAAGAUUUUCUAAAUAGAUCGUAGAGUUAAACAGUUUUUAAACAAAUUGUAGAGAAUUCAGCGUAGAGUGUGUAUGCGAUAUGAGGGAAGACGGAUGGCGUGAAAUAACGAUAAUCUCUUAAUUACAUUCCGUUGGAAUUACAAAAUAUUUAUGAGAGUACAUUACAAGAGUAUUUAUAUAAAUAACAUAUUAGAUGUACUAGAAAUACACUCAAAUCGGAGAAUGUUCUUUGUCCAAGCGCGACACGCCGUAACGGAGAUACGUUCGUUUAUAAUUAAUCGUUUACGAUUACUAUAUAUAUCGAUUAAUAUACCACCGAUGUUAUCAUCACUCACUGCUAUCACCGUCGCCAGUUAAGUCUUUACUUGAGAGAGACGACGAGUAAAAACGGAGAAACAAGCCGUGUAGAAGGCGGAGAAAAAGCCCCGUAUGCGAGUCUCACUUACACUAUAAUCUCGCUGUGAGAUAAAACGAAACUCCUUUCGGAACUCGAGGUGUUAUCGAUGUUGUGCAAUAUUAAGAGUUUAACAUCACGGUGUUUAGCCGGUGGGAACGGGGAAGGGGGGGAGGCAUUGCUGGACCAGUGUUUCUCAAAACAUCGUAAAGAUGAAAUGGGAACGGAGGGGCCAAAGCGGAAUGAAAGUGAACGGGUGUCAUUAUAUGUCGAAUCGGUCUAAUAAUUAUUUCCGCUGAUAACGCGUAUGAAGUGUAACAUAUACCAGAGAUUUAUAUUAAUCUUCGCUUUAUACAAGGCGAUGCACGUUGAAAUCUCCUUCGUCACUUUCGUUCCAGCGAUUUCGUUUGCGCGAAGCAAAAUACUUGCAUUAAACGGAACGUAAAUGUUGGGAAUGAUGAUUUUUAUUCUCGGUUACUCGCACAAUACGCAAUUGAUAGUUUCUAAGAAGCUUUUUAAUGCUUUUUUUCGCAUACAAAUGAAUAUGUACGAGAUGAUUCAAUUGAAUUAUUAAGAUAAACUCUUAUUAAUGACGUAAUAACAUAAAGCGCAGGUAAUGAUUGUUGAAAUUAAUUUUAAUUAAGCUUGUGAACUUAUAAUCCGAAAGUUAAUUUUUAAUAGACUUUAUAUUGAUAAAAAAAUUAAUUUGGAAUGUUUAUAUAUAAAUAUUUGAUAUAAAAAAUUUAAAAAAGCUGCGACACAAAAAUGCUCAUUAAAUUUCCAGUGCGAAUAAUCAAGAAUCAGAAUCGAUUUCUUACAAUUCGAUCGUGGUGGGAUCAUGUUUUCUAUCUAUAUAGUGGAUGACCGGCGAAGCUUUGUCAAUUAGAAUGAUAGCAAUAAAAUGCUAAUUAUCCUGCGUCGAGAGCAGGGGCGGGUGACUCUUCUGAGUUUUUCGAAGAUGAAUGUUCAGGUCCCCGAUAAGUAACCAUUGAGGAAGUGUUGAAGAGACGAAUCUUAUUCUCUACACAAUCUACAGGAUGUCCCAAAACUACUGCCACCACGAAAAAACGUAGAUAUUAAAAAUAGAAUAUUAAUAAUCUCUGCGAGAGAGAUAGACAGAGUCUAGAAAUUUUCACACACAUAUAAAUUAAUAUUUAAUAUAAUUUUAAUAAAUAUAUAAAAAGGCAGAUAAUUUUAAUAAAAUAAUUAGGAAUAACAAAACCGUAUAUAUUUUGCUUAGUAUGAAGUAGAUCUUUUUAAACAAUUUUAAUUGAUAUGAACUAGUCUAUAUAAAUAUUUCAAGUAGAUUAAGAGUGGCGGUACCUCUGCGACACCGUGUACGGUUUCAAAAAUUCGACAAAUAUCUUCGAAUGAGAUUACUUUUGAGGAUCGCUUAAUAGCUACGAAGAGUUUUAAGUAUUCUCGAUGUCCAUGUAAAUCCGCCCCUGAUCGAGAGUUCUCAUCGAUCGGCAUAGUGAGAAAAUAAAAUUUGAGAAACACUGCGCUCGGAAAAGAGAAAAAGAGAAGAUAUAUAAAGACGGCGAGAUUGGCGCGAUCGUGAGAGAGAAAGAGAGAGAGAAUGAACUUAAUGAUUAAUAUUAAAUCGGUAUCUUAUUCUAUAAAUGUUGGCUAUUGUUAAAUGUUGAAUAUUGUUCGGUGGUAGGCUCACGCGUCUUUGCCCGAGAGAGACGCGUGUUUAUUGCUUAUUAUUACAUUUUUCGUCUCAACAUUUUUAACCUUUCGUAAUUUGAGAUAAUUUUGAAGUUAAUUUUUAUUGUUUAUUAUUUUUAAUCGUUUGACAAUUUUAUAGAUACUUUAUUGAACGACACAGGAGAAGAGCUCCAAAAGAACUACAUUUGUACCACAAAAUAUUUUGUAAUAAUUGAUUUAAUAAUUUAAUGUUUAAAUAUCAGUCAUUCAUUCCCGGAAUAAUGAGCGAAUAAUAAUAAUACUUUACUUAACUGGACAAUUUUUAAUAUGAAACUACGUGUUUCUCGGGCGAGCGUGACGAGUUCUCCGCGUUCUAAUUGUAAUCUAACUAUUUGGGGAUCGAACGGACGUAUGCCGGAUCUAUCGUUCCCCGUAAUGGAAAAAACAAAUCACUGAGCAUCCUUGGUCACGGAGAAAGUAGCUUUUCCUCUUAGAAUUCCCUUUCGAAUUUUUUCUCCUCUCCUUCCUUUCUUCUUUCUUUCCUUGCAGCCUCCUCUGAACACGAACGUCUCUAUUUCUGUACGUAUGUGCGUGGGUUGUCGCGACGAAUCUCGUGUUUUUCGGAAUGUGCCGGGCCCACUUAUAUUUUGUAAGCGCCAGAAAAUCCGGAAACCGCGGGAGACACGAGAUUGUCCCGGUCGGGCAGGUAUUAAAAAUUUGGUGUCCUCUUGACGACUUGUGUCCCGUUCUUCCCCUUCGAUGCAUUUAUCCCUUGCACCUCUCUCUCCUCUCCUCCCCUUCCUGUCCGCCCCAAGCCGGUUCCGUUAAUCUCCGUUUCGACGGAGUGCAAAGGGGGCGACCAGCGGAUGCAAUGCAGUGAUACUUUCAGACAAUACAUUACGAUUAAUUACACUUGUAUUGGUAAUGAAUUAAUCUACUACGAUUAUAUUAAACUCGAUUAAAGAGAAAUAUAUAUGAUAUAUAUAUAUAUUCGAUUUCGGUCAAUGCUAAAUGAUUAUUAUAAUACUAAUUGAGAAAUAAAGUGUGCUCUAUGUCA